GUGUGAUUUUCUGAAGAGUCCACACUGCAGACUGAAGACUCUGAAGACUCCGAGUGGUGAGUGGACGGCAGCUGACAAACACAGAGAAUCUGACUCUGAUGUCAAACAGGAUGUGAAAAAAAAGCUCCACCUGCCCGACGACGACCAAAAGGCUCCAUUGUGCUUCUCACCUGAACGGACAGCUGAAUCUUCAUACAGGUUCAGGUGUCCUGGUCCAGGUAUGUUCCGGUGUGCUUCGACUCACCUGGUGUUUGAUAUGGGUCAGGAGGCGGAGCUGCUGUACAGAACUGUCCAAUGGGAUGAGAGCCUCCUCCAAUCAGCUGGAAAGACGGCUGCAGGGCUGCCGUUCGAUAUCAAGUGUUCAGAGGAUGCUGCUGUCAGUCACCUCCACCUGCCACACUGUGAAACAAAGGAUGCGUUGCUUGUUGAUGGUCUGCUGUCUGUCGUCCACAUCACUGAUGAUGGAAUGAGCAUCUUGAAGCCUCUGGAGAUUACAGACACUCAUGUGGUCGUGAAGGUCUCUCACCUCUCUGUCUUUGGCCUCAUUGGGGAUUUCUUUCAAUGGUUCUCAAAGUCAAAAGUCUCCCAAGUUCUGCUGUUCCUCCGACCUCCAAACAUCGGGUUCCCAAUACUUGAUGUAUUUCUGCUGCCGAUAAACAUCUACCUGGACAAGGUUGCUGCCCAGCACAGAGAUUCUAAGAACAUCAUCAUCUCUUCUGAGUGUGAACUCCUCGUUCAUCAAACAUACAGUGUCCACUGUGAACCUGAGGGCUUUACAAUACAGCCUGGGGUGAGUCAAGUCACUUCUCGUGGUUCUAAACACAAUUAUGAUUGAUAGAUUUUUGGCUGC